CGAUACACACGAUCCAUCCACGAAACGUUGAAUCGCCAUAACAAAAACCCUCACUUAGAACCGUGCGUGCGUUGUUUUUUGAAGAUCGGAGAUCGRACAUUUUGACGGGAAAAGUUUCCACCAAAACUUGGAUUUGUCACAAGAUACGGGAGCGACGAACAUCGUUGCUGUUCUCACAAUCAUUCGCAUCGGUUCGCAUCCGAUGGCACCGAACGUCCACACCGACACCACAUCAGKUACKGUCGUUGCGAGUUUCACGAAACUUUUCUGAAACAUGAGUUUUUCUUCGUAUCUGCCGUGCGGCUUUGAACCGGCUAGUUUGUUCGGUGACGACGGCGAUGACAAGGAUUCGUGCUCUUCCAUCGUGGAAUACAUGACAAACCUGCCACUGUGCUGUCCAAGCGUGGCAAGGCGAACCGAAGACYAUCCCUCCCAUCGAAGAGAAAUCGCACAGGGCGCGAUGGCACAACCUUGGCGGCCACCCCUGUACCGAGACAAAAGCCUCCUUGCCGAUGCUUGUUCGCCGAGUGUCGAAGAAGAAAAGGGUUCAUCGCCGUCGUCGAAAACUCGGAGCCUUUCAAUCGGAGUUCUUGCUUGUGGCAAUUCUGUUCCGCCUCGAGAGGACMAGAGUGCCCCAUCGACCAACACUGACCGAAACUCUUUGCCUCCCGAUUUCAUUCCACCGAGGCAUCUCUUUUCCCGGCAUGUCAAUACAAAGCGACACGUUGAAUCAACAAUAGUCCCGAAAGAUUCUUUGUCACAGGGGUUACGGUUACAGCCGAAAGAUGUUGUCUGCGGGCGCGGGGCUCCCACUAGCACCCAUCCCGGAAACCAGCAGUUCAAAAAAAUGAUUAAAAAACACGAGAUGGAAUACGUAUGCUCGAAACGAAACGAAAAGCCCAUGAUUGCGACGAAACUAUUGUCAAUGCUACAAUCCGGUGGCGUCCGAUUUGUCAAGAGGGAAAGAAACGAGGAAGGUUCAUUGGUAUGGGCCGAAAUAGGGGAACAAAGAGCUCUGGAAAAGGUUUGCCAAUCGCUCCGGGAGGACGCGCCGCAUAUACGACGCAAAAUGGUUGCGUCCUCGGCCCUUCGGUCGACCAGAUCAGAGGAACGACGAGAGCACCGAAAUCGCUUUCAACAGAGCCGCCAAGAUACGAGCAACCAAGUUUCUAGCGAGACGGGCGACAUUUAUGAUGUGCGUCACCGGUCAUCACUAGCCACCAACAGUAACGCACGGAAGAACAUAUCACACCAGAUUCAAAACAACGGUGCGUUUCAUCACGAAGAGUGCGUAAGCAAGGAAUGCAGUUACAAUUUAGGCGCACACUAUGAUGAUCCAYAUCCGGUCCAUAUACCUCCUCAUCUUGGAGGAGAGAGAAUGUUUGGGGAUAAGUUUUCUCGGGAAUGAAUCUGUAGUAGUACUAGCUACUAGUUCUAGUUUGAGAGAGAGGAAUCYAAGUGCUGGCAGCGUUGAGGGCAAUGCGCCACCCUAUUUAAUGCUUAGAAUACUUCUGCUAGUACCAUGCUCAAGAUCCUUUUUGCUCAUAGUAGUAGAUGUAAACCAAUAAAUUCAACAACAAAAUGCAUGAUGUGGCAGAAGAUGAUAACCCUCCACAACCAUGAAGGUGCAAGAUUCAAAUAAUUAUUUCAUUCGUGCAUAUUUUCCCGUUGUGUUGACGAAUUGACGUACGACCAGUCAAUUUAGUCAUCCAAAAAAUGAUGAGAACGAUCUCUGACGCGAUGAUGUACAGUACCGUACGGUAAAGUACGGUACCGUAUUGUGAAUUGCUCUAUUCCGACUUUUUCAGCCAAAUUCAAUCAAGCUUCGCACAAUGUUACAUCACGUUGUCCGGUCAACUCGUAAACGGAAGCUCUUUUUGUGCAAGAAAUCUCCYUAUGAGCCACACGGAGAAACGACGGAGAACGGAAAAACUUAGAAGUCGCAGCAGCACUUCUCUGUCGUCUGCCACGAUCAUAUUAUUGAUGGCAACAUCAACACGGCAGUUUUUGCCAUGUUGCGACGCCUUGGUGUUGCGUGGUCGUAGGUGUUUUGAAAGGAGCUCUUCUCGUGCUCUACCGAUUCUGAGAGGAACCACUGCUUUUUCUAGAAAGUCCAUAUUGAAUGGACGCCGUGAUUCAACAUCUCUUUCGGUGGCUAGGGAAAUAGAUGAAAACGUCGACAACAAUAAGAAAACACCACCGCUUUUACUGCCGUCCCAUCCCGAUUUCCCGAUCACGAGUGUCAUGGCACCCAUGGUAGCCGCAUCCGACUAUCCAUUUCGCGUUUUUUUGCGGGAAUAUUGCGGCGUAGAUUUGACAUACACACAAAUGCUGCUUGCCAAAAAAUUCAUGGCCGACCCAGUUUGGAGAAAGGCUCAUUUGGAUUUGUACGAAACGACGGAUAYCAYAAAUARUCUUCCAUUGGAUCCAAAUUCGCUCCACCCCUCUCAAAUCGCUUGCAUCGGGGAUUUUGAUGAAGACCAACAGCGGCUACAAUCCCUCAACUUACAACCUUUUAGGCGGGAAAAAUCGGCUCCUCUMAUGGUGCAAUUGGCAGGYGAUGACGUAGACACCGUGGUGCAAACGGCCAUAAUGAUUUACGAGCACACAGAUGGUAAACUUACGGGUAUCGACCUGAACUGUGGUUGUCCGCAACAAAUUGCAAGCAAGGGAAACUACGGGGCUUUUUUGAUGGAGCGKGAUCCCGAGCUAGUUAAUGAGAUAUUAGCAGGCCUACGAAAGAACUUGCCGUCAGAGGUUUCUGUAUCCGCAAAAAUUCGACUACCUCUUGACGACGACACCUUAAGAGAGAGGAUUCCCCGACUGAUGGACACAGGCAUCAACUUUAUGACAGUACAUGGGCGAACCCUCAAAGAAAACAAGGCGAAAGCGAAAGGUGCCCACAUCGAUCGCAUACGAUUGGCUGUAAAAUUAGCCCAUGAGCUGGAUCCAGAUUUUCCCGUUAUUGCCAAUGGUGGAAUGGAACAUUACGACGACAUUCAGUCAAUAUUGAAAUCUACGGGAGCCAGCGCGGCGAUGAGUUCCGAAGGACUGUUGGAAACCCCAGAUCUAUUCAUGAAAGAAUCAAUGGAUCCAAAAACACCGGAGGAGCAAUUUGAUCGUCAACUUUCGUUUGCAAAAAAUUAUCUUGAUGUUUGCUCUCGCGUUGGUCCACCUCUGCCUGGAGUAUUGGGGAAGGGCGGCUCUUUCAACGUCGUUCGAGGACACUUGUUCAAGUUUCUGCAUCGAUAUAUCAACUCGGACCAUCAAGAUUUGCGCAACAAGCUGGCCGCUAAUGGGGAUGACUGUAUGAGAACACUUGGGGAAGCAAGAAGCUUGGUAGAGGAACUUGAAUCCCGAUACGAUAAUAUAUCCGAAGAGAAAUGGAAGGAACUUGGGUCGUCGUCACCUACGGCYUCUUGGUAUCGAAGACACAGGAAACCGGAUCGGCGUGUUCACGAACGAUCGAUACAAGGAAUGGGCUAUUCUUCGUCCGAGGAGAGCGAACUUUCCGUCAGUGAGCGGAAGCAAAAAAUCAAGGAGAGAUUAGCGAAAAUGAAAGCUCGAAAAUUAGCACAGAAAGGAAACGCAAAACAGUUUGUGUAAUUUUGCCACACUUACGUUUUGCAUUUAUAUUCA